AUGCAAAGGACCAUCUCUACAAGCAGUCCAGGAAACCCGUCAUCCACCUCUACGAUGUCACCUGCCGUAGUUCAAGAAACCACGCCUACAAGUGACCUGAGAAACCCACCGCCCGCCCCUGUGAUAUCACCUACCACUGUUCCAGUGACCACCUCUACAAUCAAACCACAAAACCCAACACCCACCUCUACGAUGUCACCUGCCGUAGUUCAAGGGAACAGCACCACAAGCAACCUAGGAAACCCAUCACCCGCCCCCACGACAUCACCUCACCUGUCUCGGCAGGUGAGCUCUUCAGCCAGCUCCAGAGCUUCAACAGCUGCUCCUCCUGCAACCUCCAGCUCCACCCAGCAGAAGACUAUCCCUCCAGCCAGCUUGGGAAGCUCAGCAGCCACCAGUGCUGCAAGUCCCAUCCCCACUCAUGUGAGCAGCCUUCCAUCCACCCCAGGAGGUUUAGGGACUGCUGUCACAUCCCCUUCCAGCGUGAAAGCUCAGGGAAGGCAACCUUCGGACCAAUUGUCUGGCACCACUGCGAGCACCGGAGUCCCAAGCAGCAGCCUUUCCCCUGGGCUCAAGGACUCUGGUGUCUCCUCUCCCAUGUCUGUCACCAAACAGCCUCACUCUUCACCCAGUUCUCCAGUCCAGGGACUGACCUCUUCUACUAGACCUGGAAGCAUUGACACUUCUGUUACCCCUUUUGAUGGAUCUGUGUCCCCCACCACUAGUAAAGCAUCUCUGUCUUUACCAUCUGGCAGCAUCGACAAGGUCUCAGAGGCCACCACCAUGCUGACUCCUGGAGCAGAUGAGAGAAGCCAUGACGCCAAAUCUGCGUCAACCAAACCUACAAGCACUUCCCAGAGCCCUGCCAGUACACGGCCAUCGGCCCCAACCCCGGAGGACCAGACAGCGAGCACCAGUCCCGGCUACCAGCACCCUAACGCUUCUUUCCAAAAUGAGGUCAUCUGUAAAGACCAGGUACAAAAUAAUGUGCCCACCAUAUAUCUGAAAGAAGCUAAAACCUGUGUCGAGUGGAGGACCGCCAGUGUCAACGUCUCCUUCUUUGAAAGCUUCUGCUCGACGGGUCAGCACGCUUUCAAUGCCAGCAGGGAAACGUGCACGGUGAUGCUGACCUCCCAAGAGCCCCGCUCCCAGCACUGGGCUGUGCGGGCGGUCGUACACCUCCCCUUGGACCCUGAAAAAGUCCUCGAGGAGCUGAAGGAGAAGGACAAGUUAGAGGAGCUCGGCAUCGCCAACAUCACCUAUGACAAAAUGGAGAGGGAGAUGAUAAUCAACGAUGAGUUCAGCACGCCCCUGAUCAUCACCAUCGUCACCCUGGCUGGCUCCCUCCUGCUGAUCGCGGCCAUCUACGGCUGCUGCCACCAGCGCUUCUCCCAAAAGAAGGACCAGGAGGUGAUGAUCAUUGAUGUUGCCAUUUCUGCUGGUGGAGAUGUCCUGGCUUGCCCAAUGGGCACCACCCUU